AUGGUGAAUAGGAAAUGUCAGCCGAGAGUGGAAUUCCAACGAGGAGUAAGAGGAUGCAGCACGGAUCAGGAUGAAAGGGAGACUGAACAGGCAUAUCCAGGUUAUACUCGCGCAAGGCAGAUUACUCAGCGUUACCCCAUGGUCCCCGUUUCCAAUUACUCCUCGAGGCCGGGAGAGGAGGAGGAGGAGGAGGAGGAGGAGGAGGAGGAGGAGGAGGAGGAGGGAGCAAUCACAUCUAAGCUGCUGAAGGAUCCAUCAGUUCUAGCUGCUCUUACCAACAAACUCUCUGCAAAGGAGAGCAUGACUCCAUCUGCUUAUAUUGAGAGCCUUCCAGCAUCUGUGAAGCGGCGCAUAAAAGCCCUGAAACGUUUGCAAGCUGAUGUGCAUCGUGUUGAGACAGAAUUCUACAAAAAAGUUCAUGACUUGGAGAUGGAGUUUAUGGAGAAGUACCAACCUUUCUAUAACAAGAGGAUGGUUAUAGUGUCUGGAGCUCAUGAACCAACAGAGGAGGAAUGUGAUUGGCCGUCUGAUGAGGAGGACAAGGAUGAUAAGAAACUGAGCGAUGAUCUCCAGAAUAAGGUCAAGGUUGAAGAAGGAAUGGAGGGAGCUGGAGAUGCAACUAAAGCUGGUGGACUUGAUGUGAAGGGGAUCCCUGAUUUCUGGCUCACAGUCUUGAAAAAUGUUGACUUGACUGGUGAAAUGAUACAAGAACAUGAUGAGCCCAUUCUUCGGCACUUGACUGAUGUCACCGUCCACUUGGAGAAGGAUCCUAUGCGAUUCAUCCUCAAGUUCCACUUUUCUUCAAAUGAAUUCUUUACCAACUCUGUGCUCGUCAAGGAAUAUGAAAUGACAUGUGACGUGAAUGAGGAAGAGCCCUUGAGUUAUGAGGGUCCUGACAUCAAACACUGCAGGGGGUGUAAGAUUGACUGGAAGAAGGACAAGAAUGUGACUGUGAAAAUGGUCAAGAAGAAGCAGAAGCAUAAAUCUCGUGGCUCUGUUCGUGUUGUCACCAAACAAGUCAAGAAUGAUUCAUUCUUCAACUUCUUUGAUCCACCAACAGUUGAGGAUUUUGCAAUAUUUACUGUUUCAGUAACCAAUGAGAAGGACAUUGAUGAAGACACCCAAGCUCUGUUGGACAGUGACUUUGAGAUUGGGCAUUUCCUCCGUGAGCGAGUUGUCCCAAAGGCUGUCCUGUAUUUCACUGGUGAAGCACUUGAAGAAGAGGAGGAUGAGAUGGAGGAAGAAGGUGAAGAAGAGGAUGAUGAUGAAGAUGAUGAUAAUGUGGUAUGUCAGUUCACAUAUCUUCAAGAAUGGGAAGAUAUCGAAGACGAUUGGUUCCACCAAAUACCUGAAGUCUCGGCAAAUGACUACUUCAAGAAGUUAUUUCCAGAUGAGACUAAAAAAUGUGAGGCAUCUCAGUUGUUUGGGAGUUCAGAUGGUCAUCUUAGCAGCACUCCAACUCUGAAAGGUUCUUCUGAUGCAUCCAGAGUUGAAGAGAGUUCACCAGUUCCAGUCUGGUCACCUGGAGACUUCCUUUUCAGUCCAUUGACAACUUCAAGAAGCCCAUGGAGACCAUUUGCUUCACUUCAGGCCAUUCUUAGUACAAGUCACAAUUACACAUGGACCAGUUCCCUGAUAACACCUCCUGGACAACUUCCUUUAAAAUCAAAACUUGGCACCUUGUCUGAGAGGUCUCGCUCUCACCCACAGUAUUCAAGAGGCAUGAGUCACUGGAAGCAACCACAGUUGAAUCACACUCAUUCAGUUUCAAGUGACACCACUCCUAUUAGCAGAUGGGAAUGUGAAAGACGAAGUGAUAUCACCUGUUGUGACUCUGGGUCUCUGCAGAAUGUUGCUGAUGAAGUGGAGGACUCGCAUAUGGAAGAUUCAGAUAGAGUAAAGGGGAAAAUCCUCUUCCAAGACAGUAAUGGUGACAUGAAUUAUGAUGCUAUUCCCCUUGAAGUAGGCAGCAAGGUUUCAAAUGGAGUUAAAGCAGAUGAAAUUAGUGCUGAUACUAUGGAGCAAAUUUUCCAUGCAGACAUUGCCCAUCCUAAAGAUGCUCACCAUACCAAUAUCUUUGAUGAGACUGUGGCUCAGCAUAAUGCACCUAUUUGCUUUCUUUACCCUGCUUCAUCCCAGCUCCAGGAUAUUAGUACUGAAGACAGUGCUAAGUGUUAUGAUGAUGGUCUAUUCAACAAAAGUAGUAAAAAUGUGACCUCGGCAGAGAAUAAGGCCAAUGGAGGUGACAUAGCUCAAGGAAGAAGCAGCCCUUGGUUUAGUGAGGGUUCCUACCAGACAUCAAGAUAUCCAGGCAUCAGGAAAUCCUCUACAAGAUGUGUUGGUGGUGCAGGAAUGCGAAGAUCUUUCAAACCACCUCGUUUCACUGAAAAGCCAAAAGAGAAGUCUGAAGGCAGUGUGACUCCCAAGACCUCUAGGGUAAAGGAAGAAAACUCAUUUUCCAUACGAGAUGUUAACUCAGAAGAUAUGGAGAUCCUUGCUCAUGUGAAUUCAAUGGAAGCAUCACCUGGAGAAGCAAGGCAAGAAAGAAUUAAUUUGGAAUUGAAUACUCAGUUUGGAAUCCAAUACUCAAAAUCCCCUGAUGAUAUGGAAGUCCACCUGGAAAAGAUCCUCCAUUCAAGGAGGACAUCUCACAAACCUUCCUUAGCAUCACAAGCACCUCUCAGUCAUGUUCUCACAGUUCCUGCAGAGUCAUCAAAGCAUCUUCCAUGUGAUGACAUUUUAAAGACAGUUCCAACUGAGGGGCCUAAUUUCAAAACUGCAGCUGGAUCCAUCAUAAGAAUUGAUGGUGAGAAACUGAGAGAUGCACAGAAGCUCUUCAAUGGCAUUUUCUCAUCUGAUCAUCUGGAGAAAGAACCAACAGUGAAGGAAAGUGAUUAUGCUAAUUUUGACUCAUUUAUUGAGAAGCUCCCAUCAAAUGCUGUGAGCAAGGUAGAAACUGGAUUCUCCACAGCUCGAGGAACCCAGAUCACCAUCUCUAAACAGGCAAUGGUGCGAGCUCGCCAAGUCUUAGCUACUGACGUGGAAAGCAAGAAAAUGCCAUCUAUGUUGGACCAAAGUCCUUUGGAGAACUCUCUUGAAGAACAAAGUCCUCAUCCUUGCAUUGGGUUCUGCACUGCAGCAGGGAAACAUCUAUCCCUCUCAAAUGCUGGACUGAACAGAGCUCAUACUCUUCUUCAGGACUUGAUGAGAAAUCCUGAUCUUGAUUCAGGUCCUGAUGACAUUGAUUCUGAUCUCAUUAGUGCUUUAGAAGAUCCAUGGGACUCUUUUUCAAUGGAGACCAAAGCUAAAGAAAAUUCCUCAGUUCCAACAGACCAGCAGUUAUUGAGGGAGUUUACCACUGUUGCAGGGCAAGUGCCAGACAUACCUUCAGCUGCCUUAUCUCAGACUUUAAAACUUCUACCAAAUCAGAUGACAUCAGUAGACUACCACCAUGAUUCAUUGAAAAAUAUGCAUGAUGCAGGAGUUUCAGACCCAGAGAAAGGAGAGAAGCGGACAAGCAGCACACCUGCUAAGUCAAAACCUUUCAAGAAGCCUAGAUUUCUCUGUGUGAAACAGGAAGGAAUACCUACAGUCAAGGAUUCCUCACCCCUCAAGACAUCCAAAUCUCAGCAAAAUGAGAGUGAGAAUGUUGAAAUAUCAGAAGAUGUUGUUCUCACAAGGAAGUCAAUUAUCUCUCGGAGAACCAGGAGAAUAUUCAGACCCCCUUUGAAAGGGGAGGGGAAAAUUGCUGGGCCUGGCAGCACUCUCAGAAUUGAUCAACACUGUGAAAGUCUGGAGAAGCAAACUUCCAAGAUGCUUAAAGUUCCCAAUAAUGUUCUGGACAAUGGUGUUCCAGGAUCAGCAGAGCAACAUAUGGACUGUGAUAGACCUGUCAAUCCUCCGCUAUCAUCAAAGGCUCAAAGUGAAGUGAAUAUCCCCAUUGAUUGUGACCCUGAGAUUAUCAUGGAAUGGACUGGAGAACGAACAAGUGCCAAAAGUGGUGCUGUGCAUGGCAAAACCUCUGAGGAAAUAACAGAAGGAAGUGCCACGUCACUUACUCCUGGGAAAUCCAUGAGACAUAGAACUCAUAGUUGGGGUGCCAAUGAUGUGCUGCAUCCCUCCAUAACUGCAACCAGGGAAGCUGUUGGUGCUAGUAGAAAAGUCCUGGGGGCAGUGAAAGGUAGCAGUUUCUGUAGUGCUAACCCAGGUACAACAGAGAAUGCAAGUGGAUGUGGGGAAUGCUCACCUUUCUCAUCAAAUGACAGAGGCUUGAAUGAGGAUUUCAAUCAAAUAUGCCCUUUCACUACUGCUGCUGGAGAUGCUGUCACGGUCUCCAGCUCUGCUUUACAGAAAGUGAGAGCCUCGCAAGCUCAGCAGGACAGGAGCAAUGAGAACCAUGUCAGAUGUGCAUCAAGUAACUUGCAUUCCAUUACUGCUGUGAGCAAUGUCUGCCUUACAAGAUCAGAUAGUGAAAAUUCUCCAAAUUGUAUGCAAACAGUUGCUUCUGAAGUUGAUUCCAGGACUCAGCUUCCUCUUUUGUUUCUGCAGAGUAGGGCCAAAUCCAUUGCCUGUGCAAAUCAUGCAGAAGAGAAAACUGGAUUCCCUCUAUUUUCAGACAGAAGCAAUAUUGAUGGUGUUCAUGUGUGUUCUGCUCAACCAAAAGCAUUGGCCUGUGACUGUUCUGGGGGAUCUCUGCCAGCUGGGAGUUCAAAAACAAGUAUUAGACUCUUGGACAGAAGCAUCACCCUACCUGAAGAAGAGGGGGUAGUCAGCACAAGUUCUGAAGCUAUUCACUUGGAUAGUGGUGAAACUAGCUCCCCACCUUUUAUAUUUGAGGAGGAGGCAUUGUAUCAGGCAGCAGAAGAUAUCAGUGCUGAAGUGAUCUAUCGCAGAAGAAUGAUACAAAGACGAGCACCUGUUGUGUUGUGGAGGACGUCUGGGAGGCCUUAAUCAUGGGAAUGCACUGGUAAUCCCACAAAAUGCAUUCUUUUGAGUUCAUCCUGC